ACGCGCUUAUUGAGUAUUAAAAGCAGUGGGGAAGUAACUAGAACAUGAUUGCUGAUAAGGUUUGGGCUGUUUGGAGAAACAACAAACCUGUUAUCAUAACGUUGAAUUGUUUUCAAUUACACAGUCAAUACAAUGAUUUUAACUAUAAAACCACUUAAAGGAAAGGAGUGCAAUGUACAGGUCACAGAAGAUGAAAAAGUCUCCAUGGUGAAAGAACUAGUGUCUGAACGUCUGAAUAUACCUGCAAAUCAGCAGCGAUUGCUUUACAAGGGGAAAGCCCUUGCAGAUGAACACAGAUUGAGUGAUUAUUCCAUUGGGCCAGAGGCCAAGUUAAACUUGGUGGUUCGUCCAGCAGGGGAGAGGAGUGGGAUGGCUAGCAGUAGCAGUGCGGUCAGCGGGGUGUGGCAGACUCUGUCCACUGUACUAGCGAAACACUUCAGCCCUGCAGAUGCAGCUAAAGUCCAUGAACAGUUAAUCAAGGAUUAUGAACGUUCACUUCGGCAACUCAGUCUGGAUGACAUUGAGCGCCUGGCCGGGCGACUGCUUCACCCAGACAGCGAGGGCAUGGACACAUCGUACAUGGAUUGAAAACCUGCCUGUCUGACUUGACGGUAUUCUGGCGAUUCACAGAGGUGCAGUGGGUUGUACAGGGAUAACAUGAAAGGUUGACUAUAGUGUAGCUGCAAAGCUUUUAGAUCACAGCCUGUCUUAAUGAUACUUUUCUUUGUUUUCUCCAGACAUUCCUGUACAAUUAAUAGGAUAUUUUCACAUGAUCAAAUCAGACUGAAACGAGAGCCAAUAACUUGACUGUUGGUCUAAAAUUAUCACUGAGUAAUUAUGGAAGUUCUUAUUUAUAAGCAAUGUGUUGUAACAGAAUGAUAGUUUACAGAAAACACACUCUGUAAGGUUAGUUCUAGUUAAUGUUGUUCAGUGCAGUCAUUGUAUGAUUUGUAUAUAUUGUUUAUACAAGCAUAAAAAAAUUGACUGUU